AAAUUCCUGGUGAACGCAGCCGUGUGUGAGAGAAGGGCUGCGUCCUUUGGUGAGAGGCUGCAUCUUUCCCUCUGCUGAGUAGUAGGAGUCGGGGGAACUGCUAUGGACCAGCUCCUGCGUCUCCUCUAUCUGAACUUCUCGGAGCAACUGAACCUGCUGGAGGAGCAUGGCAUGUCCUGUGGCGAGUCGGUGGGCAACAGUACCUUCCUGAUCGUGGCUUACAGCAUCCUCAUCGCAGUGGGGCUGACGGGCAACCUCUGCCUGGUGUGUGUCAUCGUCCAGCAGAAGGAGAUGAGGAAUGUCACCAACAUAUUCAUCGCCAACCUCUCCUUCUCCGACAUCCUCGUCUCCCUCGUCUGCAUGCCGGUCACCGUCAUUUACACCCUGAUGGACCACUGGAUCUUGGGAGAAGUGGUCUGCAAGGUCAGCCCCUUUGUUCAGUGUGUUUCGGUCACGGUGUCCAUCCUGUCCUUGGUCUGGAUCGCUCUGGAGAGACACCAGCUCAUCAUCAACCCAACUGGAUGGAAACCAGCGGCCAACCACGCCUACAUGGCCGUCGGUCUCACCUGGGUGGUGGCCUGCGGUAUUUCCCUGCCCUUCCUGUCCUUCACCGUCUUGACCAAUGAGCCCUUUCAAAACUUGAGCCUUCCCUUUGACUCCUUGGCCAACCACCUGGUCUGCGUAGAGCGCUGGCCCUCGGAUCAACACCGCUUGACUUACACCACCUUCCUCUUGCUCUUCCAGUACUGUCUCCCGCUACUGCUCAUCCUUGCCUGCUACUUCCGCAUCUUCCUACGCCUUCAACACCGGAAGGACAUGGUGGAGAGAGCCAAAGAUGGCUCCCGGGCCACCAGCCACCGAAAGGUCAACAUCAUGUUGGCUUGCAUCGUGGUCGCCUUUGCGGCAUGUUGGUUCCCCCUCAUGUUCUUCAAUGCCCUUUAUGACUGGGACCACCAGAAGAUCUCGGUCUGCUACUACAACUUAAUUUUCUCCCUCUGUCACCUCACGGCCAUGGCUUCCACCUGCAUCAACCCUGUCAUCUACGGGUUCCUCAACAGCAACUUCCAGAAAGAGGUCAAGGCCUUGCUAUACCGUUGCAGCUGCAGUCGGGAGAAGGAGAAAUACGAGACAUUCCCUCUUUCCACGGUCAGCACAGAGGUUUCCAAGGCUUCCCUUCAUAGUGAGGGAGGCACCAGCCUCCCUGCGUGAUGGUUGGAUCCAAAGCCGGACCUCCCCAAGAUCAACCACACCUUUCCUCAACCCUCGGCAAAGG